AUGACUUCCUCACUAGAGAUUCCCCGUAAACUGUGGGAGCAUGCGAAUCCCCAAUCCACCCAGAUGUGGAGGUUUAAACAAAACCUAGAGAAAGAAAAGGGCAUAAAUCUUCCAACUUACUACGAUCUCUACACUUGGUCUGUACAGAAUCGCUCUGCCUUCUGGGACUUUACCUGGAACUACUUUCCAGUUAUCUAUGAGGGAUCGUACACUGCUGUUGUUGAUGAAUCUGCCCGCAUCGAUAGUAUUCCAACCUGGUUCGAUGGCGUACGGCUCAAUUUCGCAGAGAAUAUGCUUUUUACCGCCGAAAAGACGCCCGAUGGGGGGGGUCACAUCGUCACUCAAUCGGGCAAGGAGGACGGCGAGAUAGUAGCGACUCAGAUCCGCGAAGGGGGGUCAGAGCCUGCCAUCUCCCUUACUUGGUCUCAGAUGAGGCAGCGCACAGGAAGGCUACUCCAGGCUCUGAAGGCUUCUGGAGUCUCGAAAGGAGAUCGCGUGGCCGUCGUGGCCAGCAACAGCAUCGACACGUUGACUGUUUUCCUGGCCACUACUGCCCUUGGAGCCCUAUUCUCCUCUGCUUCCACGGAUACGGGGGUUAAGGGUAUUCUAGACCGUCUCCUGCAGAUUAAGCCAAAAUGGGUGUUCUUCGAUGACGCUGCUGUCUACAACGGAAAACACAUCGAUCUCCGACCCAAGAUUAAUGAGGUUGUCAGCGGUCUAAAAGACAUCCCGGAGCUCAAGGGCGUCGUCACCAUGCCGAGGUUCCCUGGCCGUCCUGUAGAUGUCAGUGCCGUUCCCAAAGCUCAACCUCUUGCGCAGUUCCUUGCCCUAGCACCUUCCGACAACCUAGAAUUCACGCGCAUUGGCUUCCGCGAACCAUUCCUAGUGGUGUUCUCCUCAGGAACCACCGGAAAGCCAAAGCCGAUUGUCCACAGCGCCGGUGGCUACAUCCUCAACUCUACCAAGGAAGCCCGGUUGCACCACAACCAGGGACCGGACUCCGUCACCCUCCAAUACACUACCACUGGCUGGAUCAUGUACUUGGCCGCCAUAUCCGGUAUGCUUUAUGGCGGAAAGUCGAUCCUCUACGACGGCAGCCCCUUCUUACCCAGCCCUAAGUUCCUGAUCCAACUCCUCGGCCAAUACAAAGUGACACACUUCGGCACCUCUCCACGCUACCUCCACGAGCUGCGCAAAAACGGCAUCCAGCCCCGGAAAGAAGAAGAAGAAGAAGAAGAAGAAGAAGUAGUAGACCUGAGCAGACUCUCCACCGUCACAAGCACAGGAAUGGUCCUUCCUGAGUCUCUCUUUGAAUGGUUCUACGACGACGGCUUUCCAGCACAUUCCCAGCUGGUGAAUAUAUCCGGUGGCACUGACCUCGCCGCCAGCUUCGGGCUGGGAAACCCGCUCACCCCUCUCUACGUAGGCGGAUGCCAGGGUCCUGCGCUCGGGAUACACGUCGAAGUCUACGGCCAAACCGAGGAAGGCGCCACAGGCGUCAAGGGAACCGCGAUCCCCGAUGGCGAACCAGGAGAACUAGUCGCAACUUCAUCCUUCCCUACGAUGCCGGUGAAAUUCCUAGGAGACGACGGACCCCAGAAAUACUUUGAUUCGUAUUUCGCCCGGUUUGACAACGUCUGGACCCACGGUGACUUCAUCAGCAUCCACCCCAUCACAAAACAAAUCUUCUUCCUCGGCCGCUCGGAUGGCGUUCUCAACCCAUCAGGAAUCCGCUUCGGGUCUGCCGAAAUCUACAACGUGAUCGAGACGCAGUUCACAACCGAGAUCACGGACUCGCUUUGCGUGGGCCAACGACGGCCAAGGGACCCAGACGAAUCCGUGCUGCUGUUUCUCCUCAUGAAACCCGGAUACAGCAUCACUUCUGAACUAGUCUCGCGCAUCAAGGAAGCAAUCCGGAAGGCGUUGAGUGCUCGACAUGUACCGAAGUAUAUUUUCCCGACUCCUGGGAUUCCGACAACGGUUAACUUGAAGAAAGUCGAGCUGCCCGUGAAACAAAUUGUCUCGGGGAAAAUGAUCAAGGCUUCGGGGACACUCUUGAACCCGGAAAGUUUGGAAUACUACUACCAGUUCGUGGAUGUGGAGAGUCUGAUUGAGCCGAAGAGCAAGCUAUAA